AUGGCAUCUACAAAUGAAACCGUGGUAAGAGAAUUCAUCUUAAUUGGAUUAUCUGACCAACCCAGAGCCCAGAUGAUCUUCUUUUGGCUCCUGUUGAUGGCGUACCUUGUUAGUCUUCUUGGCAAUGGCCUCAUCAUCACAUUAAUUAUUGUAGACUCCCAACUUCAUACCCCUAUGUAUUUUUUUAUUUGUGUCCUCUCCUUGAUAGACUUCAUUCUCAUCAACAAUGUACUUCCCGAGGUUCUCAUCAACUGCUUCAUUUACAGGCCCACCAUUUCAUUCUCCAGAUGUUUGUCUCAAAUGUAUCUGGGUCUGCUGCUUGUCUCAACAGAGUGUGUUGUCCUUGCUGUCAUGGCUUAUGAUCGUUUUGCAGCUAUAUGUAAACCUUUACACUACAUGCAGGUCAUGAGUUGGCGAUUAUGUUUUUGUCUGAUGGCUGUGUCUGUAGGUUUUCCUUCUCUGACAACUCUUACCAAUGCACUAUUGCGACCCACUAACUUUUGUGGUCAAUAUGUCAUCAAUCAUUUUGUAUGUGAAUUGCAAUCUUUCCUUAAACUGGCUUGCUCUGACACACAAAUUAGUGAGAUCUUCAUGCAAAUUGUCACCUUCAUGCUUGUAAUCCCACCAUUUGGCUUCAUAGUGAUGACUUAUGGGAAAAUAGGUCAUGCUGUAUGGCAUAUCCAUUCAUCCCAGGGUCGUAGGAAGGCCUUCUCUACAUGUAGCUCCCAUCUUGCUGUAGUCAGUGUCUUUUAUGGGACAAUUAUGAUCAUGUACUUGAUGCCUCAAGGAAAAACUAUUUCUGACAAGGAAAAGAUCUUAUCUGUAGUCUAUGGAGCUCUGACUCCUAUGUUGAAUCCUAUAAUUUAUAGCCUGAAAAACAAGGAUGUGAAGGGAGCUUUUUGGAAAGUGAUUGGACAAAAGAUGAUAGGAUAG